AUGUGUGAGGGAGAGAGCAAUGACUUGGAAGAAAUAAAAACGGAAGCUUUACUAAAAGAACAUCUGAAGGAGAUGAAAGCAAAACGUGUUAAAGAUACAUUUGUGUGGUCCACAAUGGCGGGGCGCCCUGUCAGGGUUUUCUCCCAAAAGACACCAGACAAAGAAAUAUUGAGCAAACACUUGAAAGAUGUGAUUGAAAAACGACAGCAGUGGACAAACCAAAUGAAACCGAAACUCGAAAGGGAGAUAAAACAGAAUGAGGAAGAACUGCAGAGAAAGCAUAACAAACUGCAAAUCACUUUGUCAGCUAUCUUGGAAAAAUGGAUCUGCCAUGCGAAUGAUGAAGGUUGGUUGAAGGGGCUAUGCCAGGCUAUUUGGUAUUUUUUUUAAAAGCCAAAAAAACCUUUAUUGCCAUUAUUGGCUGCUGUCCUCACAAUUCGACAGAGAGGAUUGCUGACUUUCGGUUUGUUUUUGAAACUCACUAUGUCAAACAACCUCCAAACGGCCUAAAUAGUUUUAUCUCUACAGUUAACACUCUCUUUACCUCUAUCUUCGUUUUUAUUGUUCGAAGCGUUAGCGAUUAUUGGACAAACUAUUUAUAAUAGAACCGACAUGGCUUACAGGGGUUUUGACGUUAGGAUACCUUCGUGCUUUGCGCCGUAGUCGCCGGCCUUCGAACUUUAAACGUUCAACAGUUUCAGUGUCUAUGAAUUCAUGCGAUCAUGAAAAGAAGGACAUUUGAAUAUCAUUUGAAUUAAGUGAAACAAAAAAGCAGAUAUUAUAGAAAUAACUUGCAAAACUUUGGUUCCAUCUCUUUCGGUCAUCUUAAGAUCGAUGCGGUACAAAAAAAUCGUUCAAGUUUGAAUGGCUGCAGGAUCACUGUCCUUCGAGUAACUGUAUCUUUCGAUUUCACGAAUCGAAAGACAGGAGUUAAAAUAGUGCUGAGGAGCGGUUAAGGAUACUUUCCCUUGUCUUUAUAGGUAAGGAAUCAAUACUAUUUGUGGUGCUUGAACAUUUCCAGGACCUGCAAAAGUAUGGAGUACCACUUGAUACGAUCAUGAGGAUGCGCAGAUGGUUGAGUGAAAAGUUGACGCUCAUUCCAAAUGCUAAGCUUGUGAUUGUCAGUGGCUUGGAAAGAUGGAAAGCUGAACAACUGCCACGAGAAACCUUUGGCAUAUAUUAUAAUUCUGUUGGGAGAGAGCUCACUAUGGCCACACUAUUGGAGCUACUUAACAAGCGUUGGCAAACAUUAGACCUUGUCUCAGUCAUGCAGGAAUUGCAAAGGACACUAAUCAUCAAGAAAACGCCUCAGUACAAACUUAUUGAAGGAAAGAGUGUGCGCUUUUCAUUGAGCAAAGAUGUGGAUAUAUUUGACAAUUUAUCUUGUCUUCCAAGACUUCAGAAAAAAGAAUAA